CCCACAUGAAAACACGCUUUGUCUGCAAGCACACGUGUGAGAUCUACCUCCAUCCCCUUUACUGCGUACAGCGCGGCGCCCGUGUACAUGUGCACAGGUUCCAUUUCCAUACGGGCGAGUACGCAAAUAUAGCCUCAUCCGGCUCACAGCACACAAUCACGUGCUUUGAGGGACAAGUGUGCAUUUCUCACUCAAGAGAGAAGGCCAAAAUGAAUCGGGAAAAGCUAGCAAGGAUGCAGCAGCAGGUGCGCAUUGGUGGUAAGGGUAGUGUGCGAAGGAAGAAGAAGAUUGUACACCGCUCCUCUGCCACCGAUGACAAGAAAUUACAGAGCUCCCUCAAGAAGCUCACAGUCAAUAACAUUUCUGGUAUUGAGGAGGUAAACAUGAUCAAGGACGAUGGAACAGUCAUUCAUUUCAACAACCCCAAGGUCCAGGCCUCCCUAAAUGCCAAUACCUUUGCUGUGUCUGGCCACGCAGACAACAAACAGAUCACAGAAAUGCUCCCAGGCAUCCUAAACCACUUGGGUGCAGAAGGCUUCAACCAGCUCAAGCGACUUGCCUCAUCCGUCAAUGCUUCAGGUAGUGUACCUUCUGGAGGUGCUGAUGAUGAUGACGACGAUGUCCCAGAGCUUGUUGAAGACUUUGAAGCAGCUAGCAAGACAGAGACAGAUGCAAAGAAAUCUGCAGUUGCUGGUGAGAGUAAAGAGGCAGAUGAUGAUGUACCCGAGUUGAUUGAGGUCGAACCAGCUCCUGCCAAAGAUGAUAAGGUAGAAGCCCCUGCUAAAGAGGAGAAGAAAGAUGCUGCACCUGCCAAAGAGAAGGUCGAGACUCCUGCUCCUGCUAAGGAAGAAACAAAGGAAGAGGCUCCUGAAAAGCAGGCCCCAAAGAACAGAAGAAAAAGGGUGCAAAGGGAGAGCCUAAAAAGAAAGGGUGCUCCUGCCAAGGAAGAGGCAUCUGCCCCUGCAAAGGAGGAACCCAAGAAGGAAGCCCCAGCCCCUGCCCCAGCAAAGGAGGAACCUAAGAAGGAAGCCCCAGCCCCAGCCCUGCCCCAGCAAAGGAGGAACCUAAGAAGGAAGCCCCUGCCCCUGCCCCAGCAAAGGAGGAACCUAAGAAGGAAACCCCUGCCCCAGCAAAGAAGGAACCUAAGAAGGAAGCCCCUGCCCCAGCAAAGAAAGAAGCCCCUGCCCCAGCAAAGGAGGAACCUAAGAAGGAAGCCCCAGCCCCUGCCCCAGCCCCAGCAAAGGAGGAACCCAAGAAAGAAGCCCCUGCCCCAGCAAAGGAGGAACCCAAGAAGGAAGCCCCCCCCUGCCCCAGCAAAGGAGGAACCAAAGAAAGAAGCUGCCCCUGUUUCUGCUCCAGCCCAAGCACCUGUUUCUGCUCCAGCCCAAGCACCUGCCCCUGCUCCUACUGCCCAGGCACCAGCUAAGGCCCCAGCCCCAGCCCCUGCCCCUGCUCAAGCACCAGCCCCAGCCCAGCAAAGGUCGCCCCCCCAGGCACCAGCCCCUGCCCCUGCCCCUACUCAAGCACCAGCACCAGCCCCUGCCCCUGCCCCUACUCAAGCACCAGCACCAGCACCUGCAAAGGUUCCUGCCCCUGCCCAGGCACCAGCUCCAGCACCUGCCCCUGCUGCUCCAGCCCCAGUCCCAGCCCAAGCACCUACCCCUGCUGCCCCUGCCCCUGCCCCUACUCAAGCACCUGCCCCUGGUGGUCAGCCAAGUAAACCGGCCAAGAAACAGAAGGGCAAGGGGAAGUAGGCUGAAAAGAAGCCUGCAGUAACAGAGAAUGAGGAGGAAAAGGAAGAGGCUAAGAUCAAGGAGGUCAAAGACGAUGAAGAGGAACCUGUAAAAGAAGAUAAAGAGGAAGAAAAGACGGAGAAGUCAGAAUAGACUGAUGAUGCAUCUCGGCCAGUAGACUGCGCCACAGGAGUAGUGUUCACAGAUUCCGGUUGUUGUCCUGGCUGCAGUGGCCCAUGAACUCUCCGAGAGAAAAAAAUAAAUAAAAAAUCCUCUCCAUUAUAUAAUGGUCCUCUCUCUCUCUCUCUCUCUCUUUCUCUGUCUCUCUCUGUGCUGCCCAAAGACAAGCUAGACCUUAGGAUCCCUGUUUUGUCUUGGCAGUGACUUGUCUCUUGUUCUAGCCGUUCUGUUUGAUACUUCAUCGUUAUUUUGUGUAUAUAAAAGAUUAUCUCUUUGAUAAUGCAUAAAAGGACUUGUAUCUCUCCACCCUGUUUUUUCUUGUAUUAAAUGAAAAGAAAAUGCUAAUUUCAGUCAAGUGACUGGUCGAUUACGCAGGAUUUGUAUCGAGCCUUGUAACAUUAAGAAAUUAAAGUAAGAUAAGUA